UUUCAACAUGGCUGCCGGAGAACUUCAAGAAGAUACCUUGAAGUUCACACUUGUUCACGGAUCAAAGAAAUAUCCGGUCGAGUUACCCAUAGAUAGUAGCAAUGACGGACCUACAGUGGAAGAUUUAGCAAACCUUGCAGCUCGACUCACCGAUGUACCUAGAGGAUCGCAGAGGCUUAUUUUUAAAGGGCAGUCCUUGACAGAACUCAGUCAAUCGCUAAAAUCUCUUAGAGUGAAGAAUGGCAGUAGAAUUAUGUUAAUUGGCAAAAAGGUCAGUGUAGUUUGGAUACUGGAGUCAUUUUCAUUGGGGUAACUAAAGAAAUCUGGGAUUGUAUUGAUGUUGUUGUAUUUCACAUUUGGUUUUUUUUAAUGCACUUGUGCCAAAUCUGAUACAAAAUGAGAACUUAUUGUGACUUAGUUUCAGUUCUGCUCAAAACUAAGUCACUCUCAACCCUAAACUAAAUCUUGAUCCUUAAAACUUUUAAGAAUUGAAGAAUCCACAGUUGAGGCUUGAGGAUCUAUGACUGAGAUGAAGAGUUUAAACUUCAAGGAUCUCACUCGUCAGUUUUGAGGAAACAUUUUUUUUCUACUCAUGAAAUAAUUUUCCACUGCUGUGGAUAGUUUGUAUGUUUAACCCUAUUGGGUUCAAAGCCCUCACCCUAUACCACCCCUGAAAAUCCAGACAAAAUGGCUGUCAAAUUAAAAAAAACUACAUGGUCCAAACAAAUUUACCAUUUUAUGUCUUGGUUUUACUCUUCAGCAGUGAAACUUUAAAACAUGAUUGCCAAUACAAUAAAGAAUUACUUAAACUGCUUAAAUCCUGAAGAUGUAUGUUAUGCUUUUUU